AUGGAUCAAUUUUUCAACUACACGGGCCAAAUGCUGGGCCACUGGAAAUUUCUGAAGCAGCGUGUGGUUCACAACUGCACCGAUUCUACCGAGGAAGAAAUAAUAAUCAUUCUGUGCAGAGUUGUUCGGAGAAAUCUAUCGUCUGCGCUCAUCAUGGAAGACGACGUCGACUGGGAUGUGCGAAUUCGAGACCAGCUUCAUGAUUUUGCUCUGUCAAGUCGAGCUCUCAUUCAGCCGCUGCAACGACAAUACGCCAAUCUCAGGCAUACUCAUUCAGUGGAAAGAUCCCCCGAGAAAUUGCUGGAAAUGAACUUUUUUGAUCUCCCUCCCACGCUCGUACCUUCGACGUCCCCAUACGGGGACGGCUGGGACCUGCUCUGGCUUGGCCACUGUGGUAUGAAUUUCCCUUCCGAACACAGCGGGAUCAUUCCAAAAGGUCGCGUUGUCAAGAAGAAUGAUGUAUCCGUACCACCGAAGAAAGACCUUUGGUCAUUCAACCAGCCAUUCUCCCUUCUGGAUGAAUACCCACCACAAACCCGAGUAGUCCACCACUCGGAAAUGGGUGUCUGCGCUCUUGCCUACGCCGUAAGCCAACAAGGUGCACGGAAGAUACUUCGUGAAAUAGCUCUAAAGCCGGCCACGGACGCAAUCGACAUCUUGCUUCGCUUCUACUGCGAGGGCACACACGGUCGUACAAAGCAGGAAUGUAUUACUGUUAACCCUACGCUUUUCUCCCACCAUCGGACCGCGGGGCCGAUGAGGCACGCCAGUAAUAUUGGCGACCAUGGCGAUGGCUACAGACAAAAGGCUCUGACCGACAUGAUUCGGCUCAGCGUACGACUCAAUGCCGAGGUCAUACUCAAUGGUAGCACAGCCUACAUCGAUCAAUUUCCCGAUUCUGAGUAG